AUGUCGGUAAAAUUCGAGAAAGAAACAAUCAAGCAGACUGGCGGCACCAUUCCAGACGUAUCUUUGAGCCAGACCCUCAAAGAAGGAGCUUCAACCUUGAAAGAUGGCAAACAUGGCUUGGUACACAAUGCGGGGGUGCUGGUGACCGGUGGGAAGGAGAUGGAGGGGACUAAGGGCUACUUGGCGGCGUACUUGAAGCAGCUUCAGACGAAUCCUCUCCGCACGAAGAUGUUGACCUCGGGGACGUUGUCCGCAUUGCAAGAGAUCCUGGCUUCGUGGAUCGCAAAGGACCGCAACAAGAAUGGCCAUUACUUUACUGCUCGAGUACCUAAAAUGGCUGCUUAUGGAGCUUUCAUCAGUGCGCCAUUGGGUCACGUAUUGAUCAGUAUCCUCCAGAAGCUCUUUAAAGGUCGGACAAGUUUGAAGGCCAAGAUUCUUCAGAUCUUAGUUAGCAAUUUGAUUAUUGCGCCAAUCCAGAACAGUGUUUAUCUCGUCUCGAUGGCAAUCAUCGCCGGCGCUAAGACGGUGCAUCAAGUCCAUGCAACAUGGAAAGCUGGUUUCAUGCCUGUCAUGAAGGUCAGCUGGAUUUCGUCUCCAUUGGCUCUAGCCUUUGCGCAGAAAUUCCUACCGGAACACACCUGGGUUCCAUUUUUCAACAUCAUUGCAUUCUUCAUCGGCACCUACGUCAAUUCGGUAACGAAGAAGAAGCGUCUUGCAGCUCUCCGCAAGAGAUAUCAGGACGAGAGAGGUUCGAGACCCGACGACUACCCAGGACAACCAAAAUACUAG